AACAAGGACAAAAUGAUACUUGUGUCGACUUGUGUCACUAAAUGGAAAGCAUUCAGUAUACACUGUGACCGAAUGUAUUCCGUGCUUCUCGUAGUUGUUACCGCGUUCGAUUUCGCACGAGAAACCGCACGAAAAAAUAUCUAUUUUAUAUCUAUUUUAUUAUUAUCUAUAUGUUUUCUUUAUUUUUGAGUUGAGGUAAAAUAAAAGAUGUCUACAGGCGCGGAACGUCCGGCUUCAAUGCUCUUUCAGGACAGUCAGUACAAUUGGACAGAUGAUCUUCCAGUUUGCAAGCAGUCUGGUGUAGGCUUUUCUACUAAUCAAAUCUAUAGAGAAGAUGGAUAUCGACAGGAAGAACAUCCAUUUGAAGAUCGUAGUUUUCACUGUAGAUAUGACGAUUCUACAUUUCUUUACGCGGUAUUUGAUGGUCAUGAAGGUACUAAAGCAGCCAAUUUCGCUAUGCAGAGAAUGGCUGCAGAGAUCCUACUUGGUCAAUUGAAUGGCAAAUCAACCGAUGAAGAAGUGAAAGAAGUUCUCCGACAGGCAUUCAUAGCAGUUGAGAAAGGAUACUUAGAAUCAAUUGGCGAUCUAUUAGCAGAACGAGCUAGUUUGCAGUUUGACAUACCUGAUGGAUUGACUCCCUAUGAAACCUAUCAAAAGUUUCCAGAUUUGGUUGACAAACUAAAUGCACUAAACUGUGAGUUGUCAGCUGGGACUGGUGCUGUUGUCGCCUUGGUUUACAGAGGAAGACUGUAUGUCGCGAAUGUCGGAGAUAGCAGAGCGCUAUUGUGUAAAACCGACAGCAAUCAAGUUCUACGAGUUGUACAAUUAAGCGUAGAUCAUGACUUGAGAAAUGAAGACGAGCUUCUACGAUUAUCUCAAUUGGGUUUAGAUGUCGAAUCGAUCAGGCAAGGUUCUCAUCUUGGAAAUCAGGAAAACACGCGUUGUCUCGGCAACUAUCUCGUCAAAGGGGGAUACAGAGAAUUCGAAGAGCUAGCAGCUUCCUUGGCCGAACCGAUCAUUGCUGAACCAGAAAUCCAUGGUAGUAUCGAAUUGGAUGAAUCCUGUAGAUUUCUUUUACUUAUGUCACGCGGUCUAUAUAAAUCAUUGGAAGAAGCAACCGGAACCGAUCAAGUCAACAAGGAAUUGGCCUUAAUAGCGGUCGAACAGUUUCGAGUACAGUCGACUUUAACCGGUGUCGCCCAGGCGGUAGUCGACAAGAUCGUAAGAAUUCACCAUGACGUUAACAUGAGCAAUACGCAAAACACCAUGACUACUGGUAAGCGCGACGAUAUAACUCUCCUAGUACGAAACUUUAACUUCCCGCUGCCACACGCUCUGAAGAGUCCGACUAGUCAGUCUGUUAGAUUCAAUCCCGUGGUGCAGACCGCACCGAUUAGCAUAGUAGACAAUGAGGAUUUGUCGAGCAUUAGCACCGGCAUCACAGACGACAACGUCGAUACGUCGACGACUGAAACGUCAACAACAUCAGAUUUGUAUCCGCCUGGAGCUAGAAUGGAAAUCAGGAAUCAGCGAAAUGCUAGAAUUAAGCCUUACGUAGAUUUUUCAGAGUAUUACGAGAAUGUUGAGAAACGAAGGAAAGAGGGGACUCUACCGGAGGGCAUAGAUUUUUAACAUUUUUUUUAUUUGACAAAUGAAAUAUAUUUAAAUGUAUAUAUGCAUAUAAAA